CAGUCCAUCUGAAGGUAUCAUGGCGGCUCCUAAUGAGAAGAAGCGUGGUCUUGAACAUUUGGACGAAUAUGAGCCAAAACCGGCCAAACACCUCCGCAGCCUGCACGAUCGUAUGGCAGAGAGGAGGCUGGUUGUUAUUCUGGAGGGAGCUUCGUUAGAAACAGUGAAGGUCGGAAAAACCUUUGAGCUGUUGAACUGUGACCAACAUAAAAAUAUUAUCGUAAAAAGUGGAAGGAACCCGGGAAAUAUAAGACCAGACAUCACACAUCAGUGUCUGCUCAUGUUGAUGGACAGUCCACUGAACAGGGCGGGCCUGUUGCAGGUUUACAUCCACACAGAGAAAAACGCCUUAAUAGAGAUCAACCCACAGACCCGCAUCCCAAGAACCUUCACUCGCUUCUGUGGCCUUAUGGUUCAGCUGCUGCACAAGCUGAGCGUCAGGGCCGCUGAUGGUCCUCAGAAACUUCUGCGGAUGAUUAAAAACCCUGUGUCCGACCACCUGCCUCCUGGCUGCCCCCGCAUUUCCACCUCCUUCUCUUCUGGAGAGGCUGUCUGUCCCCGCUCUUUGGUGCCCGAGGGCCCGGCUGCAGUGGUGAUUGGAGCAUUUGCACAUGGAGCGGUGAACGUGGACUACACAGAAAAGACAGUGUCCAUCAGUAACUACCCGCUCUCUGCGGCACUGACCUGUGCCAAGAUAUGCUCUGCCUUCGAGGAAGUUUGGGGUGUUCUGUGACAGACAGUUAAUAAACUACUGAGGUGAACCCGUCAGAGACAGUAACAUACACGGACUUUCUUUAAUGGACUAGGAGUGGAUAAGAUGUCCCUUUCACCAGCGAUGCCAUGUGGACUACGGACAUAUAACUCGUUGUACACUGUAUGUGUGUAUUUGAAUUAUGGUGUUUGGCCACCAUGUGUAUACUAUAAACAUGUAUUUGUGUUCCCUUUCAUUUAGAAAUAUGGCUGUUUUUAUACAAUUAUCAAUUGUACCAAUUACUGUAUUUUGCAUAAAAAUCAUUACAGUUAACAUUAAAAUAUUUGACUAAA